CUGCGUGAAUAUAAGGCGAUCAGAUCACAAUAAAAUGGAAAUCUGCCCAGAUUUUAGUAGCUGGGAUAACGGCACCUUUGAGCCGUGCCGCACCUGCGGAACCUUUUAUUGCACCGAAGACGAUCUGAUUAAGCCAAUAUUUUUCCCGACGACAACCGGCGACGCCAAAUUAGAUGUUUCGAUGGCCGAAAUACUGCAACAGAUGACCGACUGGAAUUUAAUGAUACAAAAGGAAGACGGGCGUUCGCAGUACAUGUGCACUUCCUGCAUAGCUGAAUUCCAGAGAUUGCUGAAAUUUAAGCAGAGCUGCUUGGAGACCCAUGAGCAUUGGGUGGAGCAACAGCAGAACCCUGGGAUAAAUAUCAAAGAGGAACCCGACAGCAAGCCAAAGGAGAAGUUCUGUGCCUUCGUUUACCUGGACUCUGACAAUGAAGUCAGCGACGAAGACGGCAGUCAGCGGGUUUCCGCUGCCUUCGAUAUACAACAUGUGCCCAUUAAAGCAGAGCAUAUGGCCCGUGUGCCGGCACAACAGACUGAAAUGAAAUUUGUACCGCCAGAACCGCAACCAGAGCUUGCUCCGGUGGCUGUAAAAACCGAGGCGGAUCACGUGUUCAUAUUAAAGACUGCGACCAAAGAAAAGGAUCCAGAUACUGAUGGCAUGUGCUCUGAAAAUGAGACCAAACUCGAUCCCAAUGCCACAUCCAUAUCCUUUGAUGAUUCCAUACCCUAUGAAAAUGACGAGAGCGAUGAAGAAGUCGUAAAAUUCACCUAUGACGAUGAUGAAGAUGCCACAACGAUUCCGCAGCCCACACAAUCAGCGUCUGUUAUAUGUAAACUCUGCUCCCAUGAGUUCCCUAAUCAGAAGCUUCACCAGGCACAUAUGCAGAACAUGCAUCUUUCCAAAGACUGGGAGUGUCAUCUGUGCGGCAAGAAGUUUUUAAAUUCCAAAGAGUCGCGGCUUAAAUUACACAUGAAAUUUCACAAACUCCAGCGGCGUUUGAAAUGUCCGAUUUGUGGCUUCUUUUCCAACACUAAAGAGAUCCUCAAGCAGCACAAACGAGCGGUGCAUUCGCGUACCGUGUGCCAAUAUUGUGGCAAAAUUAUGAAACCCCAUAUUCUGCAGUCGCACAUGAUGAAGCAUAAGCAUGAACGCGAAUCUCUGUGUGCUCAAAGUCGUUCUUCUUCAGACCAUAACCUGAUGCCUGUUACUCCUUUCGCUCCAGACCAUAAGAACCUCAAUGUUGACAACCAUCUACGUCUGCCGUCGACUUCCUCUGUACUUCAGUCUCUUAACCAGCCAUGCACUUCGUCUGCAACCCAAGAGCAUGCCUUAAAGCAGACUCUAGCUCUGUUUUCUCCAAUGCCUUCUUCAGAAAAUAAGCGCAAAUAUGGAGAGCUAUCAAAUACUUCUCCGAAUCCGCUGCAUUCGCCAGUCCAGCAGCAGCAGCAGCUGCCACCCGAGGUACUGUCCGUUAAUUCCUCUCCGAUCCACCAGCAGGAGCAGGAGCCCACCACUGAGGAGAGUCUACCAGUGGCUUACUCUCCCAUAAUGCCAAUUUGUGUGAUACAAUGCGCCUUCUGUAGCGACAACUUUGAGGAGGCUCAGCAACUGAAGGACCAUGUCCUGGCGAAACACGAGAAUAUGAUGAGUCCAUCCCAGAAAGUAAAAGCACCGCCACAGCUGCAUUCCAUUUCAAUGGCCAUGGACGUGGACAUGGACACUGAAUCGGAUUCAAGUCCUCAGAAAUCAUCCUCUUGGAGUGAAAACCUGAAUAGCAGCUCCCGCAGCUAUAGUUCCUCAAACAACAAUUCUUUCGACAAAUCCAUCUUCAAGUGCCACAUUUGCGGCAAGCCAUUCGAUUUAAAAAUCAAACUUAAUCGUCAUCUCAAGCAGCACAAGAAGGCGCCCUUCUAGGCGGCUCUACACCUUUUGUGAUCUUCAACAGCACAUCCUGGAUUGGAUCCUGGAUCCUUAACAAAUGUAUUUUCAUUCUUCAGUAUGAGAUCACAAUUUUCCAUAAUUUUCAUUUUCCUUUUUCAAAUGCACAAACAGAAUUAGUUCUUGCUUUGGAAAAUGCCAUGUUCUCAUUUACAUAUAGUUAUUGUUUAAGCUAGGUACUAAUAUGGAUAAAUUAAUGAUUUAUGUAGUGCAUCCUUGAAGAAUAGGUUGCCCAGGAGUCGAGCCAUAAAAGCAAAAACUUCACAAAAAGGUACAAAGCUUCCAAAUUA